AGCUGGGAGGGCUGAGGUGCCCUCCUACCUGUCUAACCUGAGCCAGGUACUUUUCGGUCCCCCUUACUCUUCAGGUACCGUCUCCCCAUUCCUUAGUCCCUGGGUUCCCUUGUAGGCGCACAUCCCCCCUACAUCCCCCACCUGCCCACUCCUCCCAGCCCCGCCUCCUGCCCUGUGGCUCAAGUGUCCCCAGUUGCAGUCUCCUCCCUGCCUGGUCCUUAAAACCCCGCCUGCAGCGGGAGCCCGCAGUCUUCCCAGGGGCUCCCACACGGGAACCUCGCCUGCGCCAGGCCAGCCAGGAGGGACUCGGCUCUGCAAUCCCAAGGCAGGUCUGGAGGGUCGAGGGGCCAGCUCAGCCAGACAGACGUGACUGCGGGUGGCGGGAGCAGCAGCCCACGGGACAUACGUUGAGCAGGAACCCGAGACUGGUCAGAGGCAUCCGUGAGAGGCACAGCGUGGAGGUACAGGUUCGAGGCCCACAGAUGUGAGGACACCACAGCGCCCCCUCCAGCUGGGCACCAAGGCCCCACCUAGGACUCUGACCCACCAGGCUGCCCGGGCCGAGAAGACCUAGCUAAGGGACAAAUGGCUUCAGCUGGCCUUGAACUCCUGGGCAUGACCCUGGCCGUGCUGGGCUGGUUGGGGACGCUGGUGUCCUGUGCCCUGCCACUGUGGAAGGUGACCGCCUUCAUCGGCAACAGCAUCGUGGUGGCCCAGGUGGUGUGGGAGGGUCUGUGGAUGUCCUGCGUGGUGCAGAGCACCGGCCAGAUGCAGUGCAAGGUGUACGACUCGCUGUUGGCGCUGCCGCAGGACCUGCAGGCGGCCCGCGCCCUGUGCAUCGUGGCCCUGCUGCUGGCCCUGCUCGGCCUGCUGCUGGCCAUCACAGGAGCCCAGUGCACCACGUGCGUGGAGGACGAGGGCGCCAAGGCCCGCAUCGUGCUCACGGCAGGCGCCGUCCUCCUCCUGGCCGGCACCCUGGUGCUCAUCCCGGUCUGCUGGACGGCCCACGCCAUCAUCCAGGACUUCUACAACCCGCUGGUGGCUGAGGCCCUCAAGCGGGAGCUGGGGGCCUCCCUGUACCUGGGCUGGGCAGCAGCCGCGUUGCUUAUGCUGGGUGGGGGGCUACUGUGCUGCACAUGCCCCCCACCCUUGGUGGAGCGACCCCGCGGCCCCAGGCUGGGCUACUCCAUCCCCUCCCGCUCGGGCGCAUCUGGGCUGGACAAGAGGGACUACGUGUGAGGAACCUGGAGCCUCGGCACUGGCUCAGGUGCCCAGGCGGCCCUUGCUCCUGGGCUGGCCUCAGCCAACCCAGUGGCCCAUCCUCAGCGGCCGGGCCUGCCUCAUAUUCUCUUCCCACCAGACAGGCCCAAGCUGUGGGACCACCUGGCUUCCCCCUGCCUCCCCCACAGGUUGCAUUCUCCUGCUCAAAAGGACACUGACUGGCCCUCUAUGGCUCUGGCCUUCCCUGCCCCAGGAACAUGGGCUCCACAAAGGGCCUGAAGCUCCCUGGCUUCAAAACAAGGACAGAAGAAACCAUGCCCUCUGCUUGGUCCUUGGAGCAGUUCCCCUCCCGGCACAUCCCCUCUGCCUCACCCCAGUCAGAAUAAAAGCAUCUGU